AUGCAGAAUUCUGCUCAUAUGGAUGAGUACAGCAAUUCUAGCAAUGGCAAUGCAAGCAAUGAUUCUGAGGUAGCCAUAGAGCAGACCACUGAUUUCAGUACUGAGAUUAUGAAUGUUAUAGAAAUGGAACAGUCACCUGAUGGCUCUCCCAAUGUGAAUGAAGAAAAUACAGAGGAAAAUGAAAUUUCAAAUGUAGAACUACCAGUGACAGACACUGAAGCACAAUUUCCUCCAGAAUAUGAAAAGUUUUGGAAAGCUGUAGAAAAUAAUCUCCAAGAUUUUACUGGCUGGGUAUAUUUGCUGCAGUAUGUAGAACAAGAGAAUCACUUGCUGGCUGCCAGAAAAGCGUUUGACAAAUUUUUUACACAUUAUCCAUAUUGCUAUGGUUAUUGGAAAAAGUAUGCAGACCUUGAAAAACGCCAUGACAACAUUAAACAAUCAGAUGAGGUUUAUCGACGAGGGCUUCAGGCAAUACCUCUUAGUGUUGAUCUUUGGAUUCAUUAUAUAAACUUCUUAAAAGAAACUUUGGACCCAGAUGAUCCUGAGACAAAUAAUACAGUAAGAGGAACUUUUCAGCAUGCCGUUUUAGCUGCAGGAACAGAUUUCCGAUCUGACAGAUUAUGGGAAAUGUACAUAAACUGGGAAAAUGAACAGGGAAAUCUGAGAGAGGUUACAACAAUAUAUGAUCGUAUUCUUGGUAUUCCAACACAGCCCUAUAGUCAUCAUUUCCAGAACACGUACAGAAUAACACGUAAAGAACACGUACAGAAUAACUUGCCUCGAGAUCUUUUAACUAGUGAGCAGUUUAUUCAGUUACGAAGAGAACUGGCUUCUGUAAAUGGACACAGUGGUGAUGACGGUCCCCCUGGUGAUGAUUUACCAUCUGGAAUUGAAGAUAUAACAGACCCUGCAAAGCUAAUCACUGAAAUAGAAAACAUGAGACAUAGAAUUAUCGAAAUUCAUCAAGAAAUGUUUAAUUAUAAUGAGCAUGAGGUUAGCAAAAGAUGGACAUUUGAAGAAGGUAUUAAAAGACCUUAUUUCCAUGUGAAACCAUUGGAAAAAGCACAACUGAAAAAUUGGAAAGAAUACUUAGAAUUUGAAAUUGAAAAUGGGACUCAUGAACGUGUUGUGGUGCUCUUUGAAAGAUGUGUCAUAUCAUGUGCCCUCUAUGAGGACUUUUGGAUUAAGUAUGCCAAGUACAUGGAAAACCAUAGUAUCGAAGGAGUGAGACAUGUCUACAGCAGGGCUUGUAUUAUACAUCUUCCAAAGAAACCCAUGGUUCACAUGCUAUGGGCUGCUUUUGAAGAACAGCAGGGUAAUAUUAAUGAAGCAAGGAGCAUUCUGAGAACAUUUGAAGAAUGUGUUUUAGGAUUGGCCAUGGUUCGUUUGAGGAGAGUAAGUUUAGAACGACGACAUGGAAACAUGGAGGAAGCUGAGCAGUUGCUUCAGGAUGCUGUUAAGAAUAAUGCCAAAUCAAAUAAUGAAUCCUCAUUUUAUGCUAUAAAACUAGCUCGACAUCUUUUCAAGAUACAGAAGAACCUUCCAAAAUCAAGAAAAGUGCUCUUGGAAGCCAUUGAGAGAGAUAAAGAGAACACAAAAUUAUACCUCAAUUUACUUGAAAUGGAAUAUAGUGGGGACCUCAAACAAAAUGAAGACAAUAUUCUCACCUAUUUUGACAAGGCAAUACAUGGUUCAUUGCCUAUUAAAAUGAGAAUUACAUUUUCUCAGAGAAAAGUGGAGUUUCUAGAAGAUUUUGGUUCUGAUGUGAACAAGCUUCUACUCUUAAAGGAACAAGACUCUUUAAAAAGGAAAGCUGAAAAUGGGGCAGAAGAGCCAGAUGAAAAAAAAGUACACACAGAAGAUGCAAGUUUAGCAUCUACUCAGUUGAUAGAUGGAGACAUCCAAGCUAACCAAGCUGCAUAUAAUUAUAGUGCCUGGUAUCAAUAUAAUUACCAGAAUCCCUGGAAUUAUGGACAGUAUUAUCCUCCCCCGCCAACCUGAUGGAAAAAAGUAUUUUGAUUUCAUAAUUGGCAUUGUUGGGAGUUGGGGGGAAAUGCACAUUUUUUUAAUGAGGGGUAUAAACAAAGCAAAAUUUGAUAUUUGAUAACU